GGAAAAACAACGUUGCUGAAUACUUUAGCCGGAAGGAUAAACGUCACCUCAGGGGAGGUAACUCUUAAUGGAGUCUCGUUUAGGAAAUCACAACGUCGUCGUCUUGGUUACGUUCUUCAGGACGACGUGUUCUUGUCCAAUCUAACCAUGUGGGAAACUCUUUAUUUUACAGCAAUUUUAAGUAUGCCGAGCUGCAUUCCAAUGACAAAGAAAUUGGAAAGAAUACACAGUAUAGUGGAUUCGUUUGGCCUUCAAAAUUGUCUUCAUACAGUUGUAGGAGACAUUUUCACCCGCGGGUUAUCAGGCGGAGAGAGAAAGAGGGCUACCAUUGCAUGUGAGCUUCUCCGAGACCCAGAUAUACUCCUCGUAGACGAGCCAACAUCUGGUUUAGACACGAGUGCUGCACACAACCUGAUGGUACAACUGAAAAACUACGCUACACAACACAAGAAGAUUAUAGUGACCACCAUUCACCAGCCCUCCAGCCAAGUAUUCCUUAUGUUUUCAACCUUACUGCUCCUAGUGGAGGGACAGGUAGCUUAUUUUGGCUCGGCGGGGUGUGCUCUUGACUAUUUGACUAGUCUAGGGAUACCAUUUGAGGACGAAUACAAUCCUGCUGAUAUCUUAUUGGAAGUGGUGACGUCACGCAAUGACAUCAUCAGUAUAAUCAAACAGGCAGGCUUACAUAAAAGAUAUAACAGUUUGUUGUCAGCCAGAAGAUUUCCUCAAGGUUCUCAGUCUGAUGUCGCGGAAAUUCCUAAAAAUGACGAUAAUUCUGGCUCUGCUGUUUUGGAGAUUGUCGUUGGUGAAGGAGAGAAAACUCACCGAUGGCCCUCCUCAUUCUGGACUCAGCUUACAGUUCUAAGCUGGAGAUCUUUCAAACAGGCGAAAGGGAACAUGUCGCUGCUUGAUGUUGCGCUUCCAGUUGUUUUGGCCAUCACGGCGUCUCUUAUUUUCUUCCAAAUUGGGAACCUAGAAACGUCUGCUAGGGACAAACUUGGUUUGGUUUUCUUCACCUUUGCUUUCAUGGGGUUUGAUAUGUCUUCAGCUACAGUUAAAGGUUUGGAUGCUGAGAGAGGCGUGGUGUAUAAGGAAAGGACUGCGGGUAUCUACAGACUGUCGGCCUACUACCUGUCUAAGAUGAUCAGUGAGAUACCAGUGGUGUUGGUCAACCCUGUCGUGAUGGUUACCAUUAUUUACUGGGUUGCUGGCCUGGGUGGGGUGGAUGGUUACGUCGUUUACCUCAGUAUCGGGAUACUGUACAACCUUAUGAUGCAGAGUGUUGCCCUUGUCAUUGGAUUAUUCAGCGUUGACCUUCGCUUUAAUAUGGGAGUCGUUAUGAUGUGCUUGGAUGCGAGUUUCAUCCUUGGAGGAUUUUAUGUUGUCAACCCCCCAGAGUGGUUGUGGUGGUGUAAAUACCUUGCCUUUUUCCACUACCCCUCGGCCGCGACACUGACGUACCUAAUGUCAGAUAUCCCUCCUGUGUGGUGUAAUCAGACCAGUGUCAACAUUUACCCACAAUGCAUUGACAAUGGGAACUUAACCCUAACAUCACGUGAUGUCCUGAAUGGAUUAGGAAUUGAACAUCCGGUAUAUUUCUAUGUUACGAUUAUGGCAAUGACUUUUGGUGUUUUUCGGACCUGUGGCUACUUUGUGUUGAGAUUGAAGAAAAUCUGAAGACAAUCCCUCAGUCAAAAAAGUCAGUGUAAAACAAUUCCUGUGAUUUUCUUGCAUAAAAAUGAUUAUGAAAAAGCUUGUGUCUUUUAGUGAUAUACUACGCGGGACAUUGUAGAAACAACCAAUGAUUCUGUCGUCACUUUAUCUGUACUAGACACCACCAAUGAUUCUGUCGUCACUUUAUCUGUACUAGAAACAACCAAUGAUUCUGUCGUCACUUUGUCUGUACUAGACACAACCAAUGACUCUGUCGUCACUUUAUCUGUACUAGAAACAACCAAUGAUUCUGUCGUCACUUUGUCUGUACUAGACACAACCAAUGAUUCUGUCGUCGCU